AUGGCUGCGGGACAGAUUAACGACUCAAUAUUGAACUUGAGACCAGAUGUGAAGGCAUCCAGGGAGCUGUCCGCACCUGUAUCGUCUCAAGCCGCAGCAUGCUUUCGCUUGUUCGAUACCUGUAUGGCUAGGGCAGCCAACGUCGACGCUCAAAGGCAAUCUUGUAUAGAAGACCAAAUGGCUCGAUUCUCGUUAUGGACCUCUAACAUGGCCGUUUUUGCGAGAUCGAAGUUAUCGCUAGAUCACAGACUACGGUGGACCCCUCAAGUGCGGGAUCUUGUUACUAGCCUACUUGGAUUACUGGAAAAUGACAUUCAGCAGUUACUCUCGAUACUGGAACAUCUUGGCCUAUCAGGUUUAUCCAUUCCCGACCGCAACCAGUUACUGGCUACUGGCGAUUUCGAGCGAGCGCUGUUAGCCAUUAGCAAUGAACUCACCCUCCUCAAUGAAUUAUCAAACACCAUACGGAGAGCCAACCGAAAGACUCAAGAUGAGAAGGCUCUGGGUCAAUUUACCCUAAUUGAUACCGACGGUAACGAUAUUGAAGGCGCUCUACAGGAAGCCUGGGCCAACAACAUUCUCGACCGCUUUCCAGGAUGCAGCGAAGUAAUUCGGAUACGGUUAGCUAGAUCAAUGGUCUUACGAAGGAAGAAGAUUGUCUAUCGCAGAGAUCGAUAUUCUAGCGAUCCUUUCAGAAUACUCCAGACCACGGAUAAACCUACUCUGCAACCUCAGUCUCAUUGCGAAGGACAGAACCAGCGUCAGCUAGAGGGGCAAGAGACACAACUCGAACUUGUUGGGAAGUCUCGAAGUGCAAUUGCAUCGACUUCCAUCAGAAGUGCGACUACUCUAGCGUUGCCAGAUUUUCAAAAAGCUCAAACACCCUCAGUGGUGUCGAAGUCGAGGACAAUCGCUCUGGAUUCACACGAACAGCUUGUGUUCCCUCGCCCGCCUGGUAAACUUCUCGAAAACAAUCCAUAUUACACAUUACGUGAGCCACGGCACACGCAAGGAUAUAUUAGGUCAGAGCAAAAAUGGCGAGAACAUGUCAUAGGUGAUCUAGAGGCAUAUAUAUGCCUUUUCAAUGAGUGCGAUCAGCCUGAACGCACAUGGACACAUAGUGAAGGCUGGCUGAAACACAUGCUGCAGCAUGCUUUGCAGUGGAAAUGUCCAGCAAGGCCGCAUCGUGGCCAGAUUUUCAUGACACAGGAGGAAUUUCAAAAACACCUGGAGCAAGAUCACAAGAAGAAGUAUACGGACGCCGAACUCGCCCUUGUUACCAACAGGAGUCGACAGAAAUCGGGACCGCUGUUUUCAUCAUGUCCACUCUGCGGUCAAGACGUUCAGCAAGCCGGUGGCAAUCUUGAGAAGCAUAUUGCUGGACACUUGAGGUCGCUUGCGCUAAGAUCUUUGCCACCUGUUUAUAAUGAAGUCGACGAAGAUGAAAAUGAUGCAAAAAACUCCAAUGGUGUCAUUUCUAAUCGCACCACAAUCAAAGAAAUCACUACUACGGGCUCCCAAGUCUCGUUACGAAGCCCUACAAAAACCAUUCUCGGCGAAUAUGAAGUAUCCGACGCCGCAUUUUCCUUUCUGCACAUUCCUCAAGCACCGACUGUAUUAUCAUGCCAUCCAUCGGACGGUGAAUUUGGCACCCACGUCUAUAUCAAACUUUCAUCACAACAUGAUUUGUUUUUGCUAUCGACGCCGAUGCCGACGUGGUCUCUGAUGUUUGGGUCAGAAAAGCGCUCUGCUAAAAGUGUGUUGCGAGACCUGCAAGACAACUUUAUCUACUCAUGUGAGGGAUAUGCGCCUCGAUUUACGGCCACAAACUGUGCAAGCAGCCUUGUACCAUUACAAGUCGUUUGUGAUGACCCUUCCGGAUCUGAAAUCCUUCGCAUACCCAUCGGCACUUUCCAGUAUCUCGAUGGGCCUGACGAUGACCAAGCAAGAAUGGCCAAGUUGGCCAAGAUCGAGUAUGAGGAUUUAAUACCUCUCCCUACAAGUUCCUCACCGAAAGCUGAUCGUACUAUCCACGUCGCUCAGCCGGCAGACGAAGAUACAAAUAGCAGCAUACAGGGCGAUGGGGAUGACAGUAAAAUUGACGAGGAUGAGCCGAAAUACUGUUACUGCAAUGAAGUCAGUUACGGCGAGAUGAUAGCAUGUGAUGCUGAUGAAUGUCCCCGCGAAUGGUUCCAUUUAGAGUGUGUAGGGCUUAAGGUUGCCCCGAAAUCAGAAGGUAAGUUAUUACAAGAGCAACCAAAUCAGACUUCAGCCGCUAAUAGAACAUCAGCGACAUGGUACUGCGAAGAGUGCAAGGAACGCCUUGAAAAUAGGCGGCAAACAAUGCUAUGGCGGACAGAGAACCGACCUCUCAUGUAG